UGGGAUACUUUUUUGGGUUUCGAACAGCGAUACAGACGAUCCCCCUUACCCGUUUUAUUUUACAAGCAACUCUUACAGGACGUUGCCCCACCAUACACCUCCUUCUGAACCCAGACCUUGAAUUGCAAGAUGGACGGCUUUCUAGAAGCUCCCCCCGUGCAAACCUGCAAAAAAUGCGAGCUUCCAAUUUAUGAGGGCCACGCGUAUGAACUUGGUGACGAUCGUUGGCAUAUCCCUUGCUUUAAAUGUUCUAAAUGUAAUCAGUCCUUGGGGUGUAACCUGAACUUCUUGGUGCUUGGGAACGGUUCUCUCAUCUGCUCUACUUGUUCCUACAAUUGCAAGCAAUGUAACAAGAAAAUUGACGAUUUGGCCAUCCUUACUGGGGACCAAGCAUAUUGUCUGUCAUGUUUUAAAUGUCGUUCAUGUAAGGAAAAAAUUGAAGAUUUAAGAUAUGCAAGGACUUCAAAGGGUCUCUUUUGUAUGAAUUGUCAUGAGAAAUUGGUGGCCAAGAAAAAGAAACAUGAUUUAAAGAAACAAGCACUUGCGGCCCAACAGCAGCAACAACAACAAUUACAAUUACAACAGUUGGAGCAACAACACGCUCAAUAUCUUCAGAGUCAACCACCAUCAAGUCAAGCUUUCUCCACCAUGAAGUCAGCCUCCAUUCCACAACGUCCGGCUUCAAUAUCAACAAUUGGAACAAAUGCAACCCUUCCUGAUACAGUACCAAAUUAUCUUUAUCAAGUGAAUCUGAAUCGUUCAACGAGUAGUAUAAAUAAAAACUUACCUCCACCACCUCCUCAAGCAGUAGGACCUCCUUCACCGGCCAUAUCUGCUUCCGGUACUGGUUCUAGUACUGUUUCAGCCACUUCUGCCUCAGCCACUACCACGCCUGUACCGCCACCAGCACCAUUUUCAAGUUCAGCACCACCACCUCUUAUAUCAAGAGACUCUCUCCUUUCAAAUAAAACUGAAGGAUCUUUCAAUUCAUUUGGUACUUCUCAAUUUUCUACCCCUGUUGAUGAAUCCGUUGCUAGAUUGGAAACUCCAACAAUACCACAGGGUCCAGUAACUAGAUUAGAACCACCUCAGAAAUCCUUCUCUACAAUCUUAGAACAACAACCACAAGCAUUCCCUCUUACUCCAGAAAAUGAUUUUGCCAUAGAAGAAGUUAAUGAUAGUGAUGAUGAAUUAAAUUUGAAAAGAGCUAGAAAAUUAAAGAAUAAUUCUCCAUCAUUGGGUAAGAGAUCUCCCUCAUAUAAUGCAAGAAGUACUCCACCUCCUGUACCACAGACAUUGGCCCCAAGUGGACCCGUUGCUCCAGUUGCCUCAGUUGCACCAGUGGUGCCUGCAACCCCAGAUAUGACUUUACAACCAGCAGCAGACUUUACAGUAUCUUCAACCACUUCUACAAAUCUUUCUACGCCACCAGCCGAUGAUGGAACUACCGGGUCUACUUCUUCCCUUUCCACUCGUGCCACACAUACUCUCCGUAACCCUAGGGGGAAAAACCUUCUCAUAUACUCACCUAAUCAAUACCAUGAUAAUGAAUUUCAUUCCACUGAAAGAACUCCAAUUUCAGACCAUUUUCUGAUUAGAUCAUCAGAAGAACAACAACAACAUCAAAAUCUUAAUAAUCUUUCCAAUGAAAAUGUCAAACUGAACUCUUUGAUUGUUGAUGGUGAAACAAACAAAUCCAGAUCGGCUUGUCCUUCUCCAUUUGCCAAGGCGAAUAGACAGGCAAGAGUCGUAGAGACCAGAGAUAGCAUAUCAACUGAUGCGUUUGAAGCAGAUGUUAACUUUGAAGAUUACAAUCACAAUAACAAUAGUGCCAUUAAAGAAGAUGAUGAAUUGAAUUCAGAAUUAACCACUCCAAAGAAAAGUUCAACGAUUUCGAAAAGACAAACAGUCACAUCCCCACCUCCUAGAUUACCAUUACCGUCUACUCCGGUUAAGAAAGACGGUGAAAAUAAAGAUGGGUUGGCUAAGGAUAGUAUUACUAGACUUUCUGAUACAAUUCGUAGUGAACCACAGGGUCUUGGAUUGGAAGGCAUCGAUUAUUAUGAUCUGCAUAGGGAUUAUCUUAACGCAUAUCUGUCACCUAGACAGGGUAAGGAUAGACCUACUAGUGAAGUAAGUAUUGGUGGCUUCUCUAGUAAUACUGUUGGUUCGGCGGCAACCCCUGCGGUUACCAAUCUCGAGAAUCUCACUGAUUCAACUAAACAAUCCCAAUCAAAGGAAUCUAAAUCCGAAUUAGGUAGAAAGGGAUCAAUUCUUAGAACUCCGAAAUUAAGCAGUUUAAAACAUAAAAGAUCGACUUCUGGUGGUAAUUCAAGUAAAUUUGGAUUCUUCAAGUCGGGUAGCAAUAAGGAAGAACAACAAGUUCAAUAUUCUGGAAAUCCAAUAUCCACUCCUUCUAGACAAUCCACACAUUCUAGACAUGUUUCUGAAGGAUCCAUUAAUAAUCAAGGAUCUGCAUUUUCUACGCCUCCAUUGCCUAUGACAUCCCCUCACCAUGGUGCUACCUUCUCUGGCGGACCAGGCUACAAGAGAGAUCAUAUGAGACUGACAUCUGAUGCCCUGGGAAUGGUUAUUGAUGAACUUACACCAUAUGCUCGUUCGGACCUUGAAUUGAGAUCACUUAAACUUGAGAUUUAUCAAUUAGAUAGUCAAAAGCAAUUAUUAAACUCGGAUGUUAAGAAAUUGACUCAAGAAAAGUCCAAGUUAACGCAAAGUAAUAAGGAUUUGAAAGAUAGAAUUACAAGUGAUACUCAAGUUUAUGAAGUAUUGAGUAAAGAAAUUCAAGAAUUGCAAAGAGAAAGAAGAAGAUUAUUUGUUGAAAAUGGAACUUUACUGGAAGAAAAUCAACGUUUGACUGGAGCUGUCAACGCUGCUAAUGCGGCAAUGAAUGCAGCACAUGCUGUUGCAAAUGUUAACAGCGCAAAUUCACAGACACUGGCCCCUAUUCAAAAGAUUGGAUCUUCGGAUUACACCAUUCUGAGCGAUUACCAAAGCACUCUUGUUUCCAAUGGCACCAAUAACAAUAAUAACAAUAAUAACAACAAUCUUACACAUACUUCACUGAAUUCAAUCGGUGGUACACCUUAUUCCGAAGAUGUCGUCGAUGAUGGUGAGACUCAUAAGGCUACUAAAUUGAAGUUCUGGAGACGGCCUAAGUUGGGACUUACCGGAGGCCCAGUGGCAAAUGGAUCUACAAAUAUGACCACCACAAAUAGUUUCAAUGGACAAAACUUUGGUCACCCUUACAAUGGUAAGGAUACAAACCCUGGCCAGCAACAGAAUGGUAAUAAUACUACUAAUGGCAACAACACAACCCACCAACUGCAACAGCUGCAACAAAGCAAUAACUCGAACUCGAACAAUAGUGGUUCAACAUACAAGCCAAUCAGCCAAUCGUACUCUUCAUAUACUCUAAAGAUUCCUCAAUCCAACAAUGGCAAUGGUAAUAACUCGAAUAGUGGUAACAAUACUGUGCAUAACAAUAGUAAUAAUAGUCUCACGGUCAAUGGAAGUAAUGGAGAAACUGAGAAAAAGGGACUUGGUGGUUUUAUCACUAAAUCACGUUCUACAAACAUUUUGGAUACAUUUUUGAAUGGGAAUUCAAAUAUGUCCCUUCCUGAAGAUAAUGUCCCAUUGUUCACUUCUACUCUUCAGGAAAGAGCUAUUUAUGAGAAUGAACCAUUCCCUAUAAUUAUCUCCAAAUGUGUGGAAGAAGUUGAAAAGAGAGGUUUAGAUAUGGAAGGUAUUUAUCGUAUUUCUGGAGGAAACUCUGCCAUUGUUGCCAUUGAAAAUGCCUUCUCAAGCUUGCCACCAAAUGCUGCAAAAGAUGCUAAGGCUAUGCAGAAACUUGAGGACACUAUUGGUGGAGAUAUCAACGCAGUGACUUCAGCUCUUAAACGGUACUUAAGAAAGCUUCCAGAUCCAAUUAUCCCAUAUUCACUUUAUGAUGAUUUUAUUAAAGUUAGUCUGGCCAACUCUCCUACAAAGAGAGAGAAACGUAUUAAAGAUUUAAGGUCAGUCAUUUCAAGACUUCCUUCGGCUAACAGAUUGGCGUUGAGCUUGUUGUGUAAGCAUCUCCAUUUGGUGAAUCAAUAUUCCAAUGUGAACCGUAUGGGCUUCAAGAAUUUAUCAGUUGUAUUUGCACCUACCUUGGCUCGUGAUGAACUGGGACAAAAGGAAAUGAUUGAUAUGGGCUAUAGAAAUGAUGUCACAGAUAUGAUGUUGACUAAUUAUCAGAAAAUAUUUAGUAUUGGAGGUUAGUAGUAGAAAUAGUUUAUAAAUAAAUGCAUUCGAUACAAAGUGAUAGGC